AUGUGCGACGGAGCGAACAACAUGCGCUACUGCCCGGACUGCCGCCGCGUGGUCGCGGUGUUCAACCACCACGUCUCCGGCGACACCGUGUGCACCCAGUGCGCGCGCGUUCUCGACCAGCGCUACGUCGACGAGUCCUCCGAGUGGCGCUCCUUCCUCAACGACGUUGGGGGCAUUGACGGCAGCGGCCACGUCCACGCCGGCGGCGCCGCCAACCGUUUACUCGCCGACGCCGUCCAACUCAACGCCACGACGACAGCUUACCCUUCCCCAGUAAGCAACGUGCAGUCUCCCGAAGCCAGCGACAGCGACGACACACACGGAGAAGAGGGCGCCUGCUCAGUACUACCGAGGAUGCGCGGCGCGGUCGGUGCUGCAGGUCAUCCACAAGGCGGCGCCAUGCCGAAGAUGCGCGGCGCGGUCGCUGCUGCAGCAGCUCAUCCACGAGGCGGCGCCAUGCCCAAGAUGCGCGGCGCGGCACCCGACAAGUCGCUCGCCGACGCGUUCCACUCCAUCGACGACAUGGCGGAGCGGCUGGGGCUCGCGGAGCCCAUCAGGGAACGCGCCAGGGAAAUGUACAGGAAGCUGGAGGAGGCCAAGGCGUUCCCCAAGGGCGGCAAGUGCAGGAACCGGCACGCGCUCUACGCGGCCUGCCUCCACGUCGCGUGCCGCGCCGCGGGCACCCCGCGGACGUUCAAGGAGCUGGCGUCGGUGACGGGCGACAGCGCGACGGCGGGGAUCAAGGACAUCGGGAGGCUCGUGAAGCACAUCAAGGACCAUCUCGGGGAGGAAGGCGGCGCGCAGGCUGCGGGGGAGAUGAUGAUGAGCACCACCGUGCGGGCGGGCGACUACCUGCGCCGCUUCGGUUCGCUGCUCGGGAUGGGCGACCAGGAGGUGAACGCGGCGCUGGAGGCGGCGCGGAGGCUGGAGAAGAACCUGGACGUGAGGCGCAACCCUGAUUCCAUCGCCGCCUCCGUCAUCUACAUGGCAAUCCAGCGCGCCGGUGCCGACCAAUCCAUCCGUGACGUGUCGACGGCCACUGGGGUCAGCGAGGUGACCAUCAGGGAAGUAUACUACAAGGACCUGAGGCCACACGCCGAGCUGCUAUUUGGCUAG